CGCCCACAUCCCACAUUACCUCCUCCCCAACAACAUUCCACCUCAUCUCCAAGCUCAAGCCGACCAAGCCGAACAACCCAAUCCCCAACCGGAGCAACCCGAGCACCAAGAGGGAUAUGAACAUGUCCAACAUGAUAUCCCCGACCUCCCCCAAAACCCGCCACCACAAGACUUCUUCCAACAACUCUUGGCGGGUCAACAAUCCCUCCUAACCGGUUUCCAAACAAUGAGCCUUGAUUACACAAAAAUGGGAGAGCAAUUCACCCAACUUCAAGGGGAGAUAGGCCACUACCGGAACGAGCAACAAGAAAGAGACCGGCGGUUUGAUGCAUACCGGGAGGAGCAACGGUUGGCUUUUCAAAGGUUGGAGGAACAACGGGCGGCCGACUUGCAACGAUACGAGGAAGACUACCGGAGGAUGUAUGGGCCGACAUAUUCUUACAUGUCCCAACUCGGCGGGUUUGCAUCUAUGGCCUCACCUCCACCGGCACCUUCUUGGUACAACCCCUCCGUUUGGGGUAAUUUUGGCGGCUCGAGUUCCGGCGGUGGUGGUUAUGAUGGCGGGGACACUACCAUGGGCGAGGGAGGAGGUGAUGACAUGCAUGGGAGCGGCUUUGGCGGAGGCUACUAUGGUGGAGAAGGCGGCCACUAAGGAUAGUGCCAUGAUUCAAGUGUGGGGGAGGAAGAUCAUCUUUUGGACACUAUCUCUUGGAGAGGCAGAAGAAGAACAAAAGAAGAAGAAGAGAAAAAGAAGUAAGGAGCAUAGAAGACCAUUAAACCCAAAGAGAUGUUAUUUUGUAAACUCAUUUACAAUUCUUGGUGGUUUUAGUUCCUUAUUUCUUCCAGAUUUUGAACUCAUGAUCUUUUGACAAACACUUUGUAAACAUUUGGUUUUACUCGAGGUCGAGUAAAGGAACUAAGUGUGGGGGAGUUGACAUUCAUGUUAUUUCCAUGUUUAUAUUUGUGCUUUUGAUUAGUUUUGAGUGAUUGUUACUCUAGAAAUUACACACUUUUGGUGUAAUUGUUUAGUUUGUAAAAUGUUUGUAAAUUAUUUAGAUUAGGUUGGUUCUGAGCUCAAACAGGUCCAAGACCACUCUAGGGACCAUUGGUAAACAUCACAAAUGGAAGGCAGGUGCAAAGAUUUCAAGAAAAGAUGAAGAUUCUGAUUUUUGGUAGUGUACCCGGUCGAGUAUGCUCUAUACCCGAUCGGGUAAGUGGCUGAAAAGUCAAAUCGAAUCAACCCGGGAACAAGGCAACAUGCAGGAAGAUUUUUAACUCGAUCGCGUAUCUAUACCCGAUCGGGUAGCCGACAUACCCGAUCGGGUAUGACCCCAGAUUUUCAGUUUCGAGGAAACUAACCCUUACCCGAUCGGUUGAGCUGAAAACCCGAUCGGGUACACGACCC